AAUCUCCUGGGUUAAGGGGCGGAGGAGCUCUCACGUGACUUCCUGCGACGUCAAGCUGCUGCGUCGCUAAGUAACAAAACCAGGAAGUAAAAGUAAACAACGAAGAAAAUGGUUCUAUCUUUAAAAAACUAGAAUGAAUGAUUUUUGCGUGUUUUCUGGACACACUGUACGGCAUUUUUAUAGCAUACUCGGAAAGACACAGCAGCAGGGCGAAAAAAAUAGAGUUUUAAGCUGAGUGGAAGCGACAGUUGCUAAUGUGAGCUAGCUUGAUACAGCGAAUUUCUGUGUUGUUCUGAUUUGUUUACAGGAUGAAAUGUCCCCGCGACUAUGGUUUAAACACUGCUCGUCAAUGUUAGAUUUAGCUAUGUUAGCCAUCAGGUCGUCAGAGGAGGAGUCCCCUGAGAUGGAGGAGAUGGACACCUCCGAAUCCAAUUGGUGCUGGUUCUACUUAGCAGAGUGUGGAGUGUGGCAUAUGUUUGAGAUUGAUCCCAGCGCGGCCUGUUCAGUGACGAGCGCUCAGAUCGAACAGUGCUACAACAGGAACCAGCGCGGGAUCAUGGAAUUUUACACCGCCAAGUACACGUACAGACUCGACUUCUCGGUCAUGCGACAGAUAAAUGUGACAACCGGAAAGCAACGGCCAAUCAAACGCUCCCUCCAUUCUGCAACUGGCUUCAGGUUUAUCUGUGAUAACUUGGCCUUACCCGUUCCUUGUCACUGGGAGAGGAUCAAUACAGACGAGCCGUACCAGCUUAUUCAGCUUGGCAGAGACACAUAUGAGUUUAAAGAAGUAGCCAGACUUUACGAAAGGACCAUGGAUCAUCCAAUCAAAUCUAUCCAGAGGAUCCAGAACUUAGACUUGUGGGAGUUUUUCUGCAGGAAGAAAACACAGCUACGAAAAGUCAAGCGAACGUUGGAUAUUGAGGAGCGAAUGUUGUUUCACGGCACAGGACACAGCAACAUACAAGCUAUAUGUACAUUUAACUUUGACUGGCGGCUAACGGGGAGUCACGGCGACGUUUACGGGAAAGGGAGCUACUUUGCCCGCGAUGCCAAAUACUCCAUUGGAGCGACUCCAGGUGGAUCUAUCAAAGUGCCUUUGGAGCAGCUGAAAAAGCAGAAUCUUCUGAAUAAAGAGCAUUGUUCCACGCACAUUUCACUCAGUUUGAACCACCUACUGAUACUUGCUCGUUACAUGUGGAACAGUCGAAACAAGAGUCAUUCCUGCAGCUUUUAGAUUCAAAGUGAUGUCAAUCAUCAUCAUCAUACCAAAAACAGUUACUUUGUGCCGUGACAAACCGCAGUGCAAUACAGAUGGAAGUCUAAGCACCAAUAAGUCUUCUGAAAUAUUCCCUCAUUUAGCCCUCUGACCCACUUCUAAUGACUCACCUGACUCACAUCAUGAGCCACGACUAAAGUCUCAUGAGUCGCGACUCAAAUCUCAUGACCCACGACUCAAGUCUUGUGGGUUGCUACUUAAGUCUCAUGAGCCGUGACUCAAGUCUCGUGGGCUGCUACUUAAGUCUCAUGAGCCGCGACUCAAGUCUCGUGGGUUGCUACUUAAGUCUCAUGAGCCACAAUUGAAGUCUCGUGGGUUGCUACUUAAGUCUCAUGAGCCACGACUGAAGUCUCGUGGGUUGCUACUUAAGUCUCAUGAGCCACGACUCAAGUCUUGUGGGUUGCUACUUAAGUCUCAUGAGCCACGACUCAAAUCUCAUGAGCCAUGACUCAAGUCUCGUGAGUCGCGACUCAAAUCUCAUGAACCACGACUCAAGUCUCAUGAGCUGUGACUCAAAUCUCAUGAGCCACAACUCAAAUCUUGUGGGUUGCUACUUAAAUCUCAUGAGCUGCGACUCAAAUCUCGUGGGUCGCGACUCAAGCCUCGUGGGACGUUACUUAAGCCUCUUGAGACGCAAAUCAAAUGUCAAGGGAUGUCUGAUCUCAUGGGUUGCAACUCAAGUCUCGGGGGUUGCUUAAUGAGCUGCCACGUAAACCUCGUGGUAAAGUGGCUCAAAUCUCAUGAGUUGCAACUCAAGUCUUGUGGGUCGCGACUUAAGUCUUAUGGGUUGCUACGUAAGCCUUAUAUGCCGCAACUGAAGUCUCAUGAGUCAGCACUCAAAUCUCGUGAGUAGCAACUCAAAUGUCGUGGUAAAAUAACUCAAAUUUCAUCAGUCGUGAAUUAAAUCUUGUGGGUCGCUACUUAAGCAUUGUGAGUUGCAACUGCUAUCUUGUGAGUCACCACUCAAAUCUUGUGGGUCGCAACACUGGCCUUGUGUGUUGCUUUGUAAGCCUUGUGAGCCGCGAGACAAAUCUCAUGGGUCGCAACUCAAAUCUUGUGAGCUACAAAUCUCUUGGGUCGCUACUUGAGCAUCGUGAGCUGCAACUCUAGUCUUGUGGGCCGCUCACGAGACUAGAGUCAUAAGCGGCCCACAACACUAUAGAGUUGCAGGUCAUGAAGCAACUCUAGUGUUGUGGGCCGCUUACAGCACUACAGUGGUGGCUCAAGGGACUUGAGUUGCGUCCCACGAGGCUUGAGUCACAGCUACUGAGACUUGAGUCGUGUCUCACGAGGCUUGAGUCACAGCUAAUGAGACUUGGGUCGCGGCUCAUGAGACAACAGUGGCAGCUAACUUGGCUUGAGUCACGGCUCACAACGCUUAGUGGGGGCUAACAAGACUUGGCUCGCAGCUCACAAGGCUAAAGUAACCAAACAAGGAUGGUGAUUCAAUAAACUGAAGUAACGACCCACGAGACAAAAGACACGAUUUACAAGACUUGAGUUUGUACCCACAAGACUUGAGUCACGAUUCACGAGACUUGAGUUGCGGCUCAUGUUGCUUAAAGUAACGACCCAUGAGACAAGAGUCGCGACCCACAAGACUUGAGUUACGGGCCAUUAGACUUAAGUCAUGACCUACAAGACUUGAGUUGUGGCUCUCGAGGCUUGAGUAGCGACCCAUGAGAUUUGAGUUGCAACCUAUGAGUCCUGAGCUGCAAUCCACGAAACUUGAGUCGCGGCUCACGGGACUUGAGUUGACACCCACGAAACUUGAGUCACGGCUAACGAGACUUGAGUUGAUACCCACGAAACUUUAGUUGCGGCUCACAAGACUUGAGUUGAUAUCCACGAAACUUGAGUCGCUACUCACGAGACUUGAGUUGAUAUCCACGAAACUUAAGUCACGGCUCACGGGACUUGAGUUGAUACCCACAAAACUUGAGUCGCGACUCAUGAGACUUGAGUUGAUACCCACGAAAUUUAAGUCGCGGCUUACGAGACUUGAAUUGAUACCCACAAAACUUUAGCUGCGUCUCACGGGACUUGAGUUGAUACCCACGUAACUUGAGUCGCAACUCACGAGACUUGAGUUGAUACCCACAAAACUUAAGUCGCGGCUCACGAGACUUGAGUUGGUACCCACGAAACUUGAGUCGCAGCUCACGAGACUUGAGUUGGUACCCACGAAACUUGAGUCCCAGCUCACGAGACUUGAGUUGAUGCCCACGAAACUUGCGCUGCGACUCACAAGGCUUAAGUAAUGACCCACGAGACCCAAGAGUUGCAGUUCACAAGACUUGAGUUGGUACCCACGAGACUUAAGUCGCGACCCACAAGACUUGGGUCACGACCUAUAAGUCUUGAGCUGCGACCUAUGAGACUUGAGUCGUGGCUCACAGACAUGAGUCAGGUGAGCCACCAGAAGUGGGUCAGACCUGUUUGCAGCACCAGCCCCUGCUGUUCAUUUAACAAAUUCUCUGAUUCUUAUGAGUCAUGAUGGGAUUUAAACAUUUUAAACAUUAUUCAGAAAUGUUCAUGGUUUACUGUGCUGUAAAAAUCAGCUAAGAUUUAUUUGCCACCAGUGCUUAGAUUUUCUUUAUUUAUUUUGUCACAAAAGCUUCUACCUCUUCAUCCCUGAACCACUCGAGUGCACUUCCCAUCCUUUCUGUGAAAGGUUCUUUAUCUGUGUCAUACUGACAUUCGGUUCUGAUGUCAUGUUCACUCAUUGCUCCCUACUAGUAGUUAUUUCAAGAGAUUUUUUUCAGAUAAGACCAUCAUUGCACUCCGACUCUGUAUUCUGAGGAACAAGAAAGUUCCUUUUUUUUACUAUGUAUACAUUUGAAAAAGAAAGUUGCCAGCACAUGUGUACUUUAGCCCACCAUCCAGUGUUUAUUGCUUUUCUGUGUCUUUUGGACCUUCUUGUGCAGAUCUUUAAGAAGUCGCCAUGUAGAGUUGGUGAACAGGAAAUGCAUUUUGAAACUUUAAGCUGCUCCUGUGUUCCUUCAGCCGAUGCAAGAAUAAAAAUAAAUAUCCUUGUUUCAGAGCUGCAGUGAAACUCAAA